GGUUCAGUGGUGUUGCAGUAUUCCGCUGUAGAAAUUCACCGGUGGCGGCGCUGGACGCAGAUGCCAUGACAGCAUCAUCUGUGUCUCUAACGAGAGAGGGUGUAGUCUACAUGGAACCACAACACUGAUGAGAAUCUAAGAUCUUUUAACUGGAUUUCGCAAAGUAACAUCGUGUAGUCGAGGAAGCGCCUAUCGUAUUGCGGAAGGGGACAUUUCUUUUGUUUAUCUGGGCGAGAUCAGUGCAUCUGGAGUAUUGUAGGAUGCAAAGGGGUUUCUCUGAGAAACAAAGAUGAGCGUGACAUCGUGGUUCCUGGUCAGCAGCUCUGGUACUCGUCACCGUCUGCCACGGGAAAUGAUCUUUGUUGGCCGGGAGGACUGCGAGUUAAUGCUGCAGUCUCGUAGUGUGGAUAAACAGCAUGCUGUUAUCAACUAUAACCCUGCCACAGAUGAACACCUUGUCAAGGAUCUUGGAAGUUUAAAUGGGACAUUUGUGAAUGACUUGAGAAUUCCAGACCAAACAUACAUAACCCUCAAGCUGUCGGACAUUGUUCGUUUUGGAUAUGAUUCACAUGUGUAUAUUCUUGAGAAGAGUCAACAUAAAGUCCCUGAAGAGGCCCUCAAGCAUGAGAAGUACACCAGUCAGCUGCAAAUGGGCAUAAAAUCUACAGAAAGCAAGCAACAGAACUUGCAGGAAGAAAGGUCCAAAUUAGAGCGCUCUGAACGCAAGAGUGUCACAGAGUCAUCUGUAUCUCGGCCAACACCAUUGUAUGGCCAGCCAUCAUGGUGGGGUGAGGAGGACUCUGGGAAUAAGGAAGCACACAAUGAAGUAAGAAGGUCGGGUGAGAGUCAUUCAGACAUCACAAAGGAGGCCCAGACAGCUGAGGAUGAGUUUAACAUCACUGUUCAGGAGAUCCGUGACGGCCAGGCCAAGUCAACCUACCCGUACCACAGAGAGCCCAGUUAUUUUGAAAUUCCAACAAAGGAGUUCAAUAUGCAACCCAAGUCUCCAACAACAGAUUUAAUCGAUAUCCCAACCAAAGACACCAAUAUUUCUCUAAUUUGUACACCUCCAGUUGUCCAGAGUCAUGCUUCUUUUACUAUCGAGUUUGAUGACUGCAUGCCAGGCAAAAUUAAAAUCAAGGAUCAUGUGACCAAGUUCUCCUCUCGUCAGCGUAGCAAGCAGCAUCCCAGUAAUUCUCUGGUAGCCACGCCCACAGAGGUUCUAUCAGCUGAGAGCAAGGUGGCAGACUGGCUUGUGCAGAGUGAUGUCAGUAUGAUGUGCAGGCGGCCACCCUGUGAGGAUGUGUACAGCACUAAGAGUGACUUGGCGAUGCAUAUUCGGACUCUCAAAGGACACCAUCAUGAAGAUGGAACCCAGAGUGAUUCAGAAGACCCUGUAAUGAAAGGACAACGCAGCAAAUCACAUCAUUCCAUGCAAUCACAAUCAUCAGUACAGUCACACCAGUCAGCUCAAUCCAGGAAAUCUGAACCACCCGAAUCAGUUCUGUCCCAAGAGUCUGUCUCAAUGCAAAAGUUUCAUCAUCCUCAGUCAGUCUCUCCACACAAACACCAUCAAGGAGAACUUGAUGAAAGCGAGGUUCAUCCUGUUCAAGAAGUCUCUUCUCCUCCCCAGACUGAGGUUAAGCCCAUUCACCCUGAACCUCACACCCAGCAGGCCUUCAUUAUUGAGUUCUUUGAUGAUAAUCCCAGAAAGAAGCGGUCACAGUCCUUUACCCACAACUCUGCACAUGCUGAUUCCUACUCUGCAUUGAAAGCCAAACUAGAGAGACGGAAAGGUCUGACUCAUGGGGAAAGGCCCGCCUCUGUGCAUGGGCAUGUUCCUCCAACACAGCAAACCACUGUUCCACUGAAAGGUUCAAGCCAUGGAGGUUCACAGCGAUCAAGCUCACUGAAGAGAGAGAAGACAGAAGACGGUGGGACCAGCGCAUCUCUAUUAGGGACCUCGUCUCACUCUUCACCAGCUAUCGCCAUUAAGCCUUUUGGGAGUAUAGGCAAGAAGUCCAAACUAUCUCAGGAAUUUACCGCAGAGUUCUUGAAGGAUACGGGAAAGACUUCCCCACCUCCCAUGUCUGCCCCUCCUGUGAUGAUGUCCCCAUCACACACUCUUUUACCCUCCCCAGCAGAGCCAUCUGCACCCUCAUCUGUAUCAUACCCGUCUUCUCCAUCCCAACUACCUGCAUUAUCCCAGUCUCUUCUUCCAGCAACCGCCCCUGUCUCUAUCCCUUCCCAAGCCCCAGGAAGGGGUCCAGUUUCUAGUGCCUCCCCACUCUGCUCAGCUGGGUCACCUGUACCACAGUUUUCACCAUUGUUAGUUAGUGGUGUUGAAACUAAGGGCUCGAGAGUGAUGCGAACCGAGGAGGAGGACAGUCUGAGUGAUGCUGGUACCUACACAAUUGAGACAGAGUCACAAGAUAAGGAAGUAGAGGAAGCUAGAAGUAUGAUUGAUCAGGUGUUUGGUGUUUUAGAUGCACCAGAAUACAGUGGUCAGACUCUUGGAGUUUAUAGGCCUGUGAUUGAUGAUGGUAAAGAUGAGCAACUAUUCUUGAGUCACAGCCAUGGUAUGGUAGCUGAUGUAAUGUCGACAUCAUCACAGGGCCAUGGUAGGGACCAAGUCAUCUCACUGCAGGCACAUCCUGAUGUAGGAGGGCCUAAAUGGGUCUCACGCUGGGCCAGCCUAGCAGACACUUACAGUGAUCCUGGGGCUACUCAAGGAUCAAUGGGAAUUCCACCCCAAAGUGUACCUGCAGACAGAGAUGACAGUGCGACAUCAAUGAUUAGUCAAAGCGUGGAUAUCUUGGAGUCAGAGGGCAGUCAAGUUUCCAGGACCAGACGACUACUUCCUCAGGUUCCACCUGGAGAAAAACUGGAGAACACAACCCCCAGUAUCUUGAUUCGGCAUGAAACAAACAUGGACCAUGAGCCACCAGAGAAAGGUUCCAGAGCACCACAGCAGCAUGACUGCACUCAGUGGCUAUGUGUCCAAGACGAUGUGGACCCAGACAGUCUGAGUGACACUAGCCGUUCAGAUGACAGCUCAAUCCUUGAUAGGAGUGGAAGGAGCCAAGGAAAGAGAGGAACUACAACACAUUCACCUUACGAAAAUGUAAACCAUUCCAGAGGGUUAAGAGAGUUGCCAACACCCACUCCUAAACCCACCUCAUUUUAUAUUGGUUCUAAGGAUGGUUCAUGCAAGUCAGAUGUGUCCAAAAGUCCAGUUAUUUCACAGCCAGAGAGAGACUCCUCUCCUAAGAUACCUCCAACAACUGUCUUGAUACGACAUUUGAAUGGCCACGAGUCUAGGCGUCCAGUGAAGCCUAACUCAUCAGCCCCAAAUCUUCAGAUGCAUAACAGGGAUGUGGUGCCCACCAAAGAGACCUCAACCUCAUUUGUUCGACAGGAGAGUUUUACCAAAGAUAGGGCAAGUGAUAACAUUCAAGUCAAGAAACUGCCACAUAUCUCUAGUCAUCCUGCUUUGAGAAGCUUGGAUACUGAGGAAGCUGUUCGAGAUACAUUUCCAUAUCCUAAGGAAGCAGAGAAAUCUUUGACAUCACCAGAAGAAAAGUUAUCUGGAUCUAGUCAACUAUCAAAAACAGGGAGCUGUCCUGCACAAGAGGACUCCCUGUCUGGUGAUUCAGAUGUUGAUACCGCCAGUACUGUAAGCAUGAUCAGCUAUAAAAAUGCUCCUGUCAGUGCAAAUAAGAAGCACACAUCUGCAGGUGAUCUGCGUAAAGAGAAGUCAUCUUCCGGUUUACAAGACAAAGCACGACAACCUACAGCUCGUGAACGACUAUCAGAAAAACGCAGAAAUCACGCCUCUGCUGAUAAUAACAGUAAAGCAGAACUAAGUCGUCAUCUACAGCUUCGUCGCAGUGCUGGUAACCGUGGUUCUUUAGACCUUUCGGAUAAUCAGCAUGGUCAACAGCUGUGGCCAGAAGCUGCGGCUUCUGACCAUGAGUCAAAUUCACGACCCAACAGCCGCAAAAAACUCACUGCACCCCUGCAGAAGGAGGACCCCAGUAAGAUGACCAAAGGAAGCCAUCAGGUGCUGACCCGAUCCAAUAGCCUUUCAGCCCCAAGACCAACUCGUGCCUCCAUGCUCCGCCGAGCUCGACUAGGUGAGGCCUCAGACAAUGAGGGUGCAGAGACAGACCGUACUGGGUCCUUUACUGUUCCAAGUGACAGUGAGUCCACCUCAAGCAAGCAUGGCAUUUCUAACCGUCCUACAGAGGCAAAUAGCAGUGUGAGGAAGGCUUCAAGUGAAGUGAGGCAGGCUACCAGCAAAGUGGUUGCAUCAGUAGGGAAGCACUCCGCCACUCGUAACCGAUCUAACCAAGUUAAACACAGUAGCACAACUGGUUCUCACCGCAGACAAAAGGAUUCAGACUAUUCCUCUACCUCAGAGGAGGAGUUUGAGACCAAUUCCAACUCUAAACAUAAACGUUCCCAUGCCUCAGCUUCAACUCAGACACAGACACCACAGAAGACCAUUCAAAUGAGGCUAAAAUGUAGCUCUUUGGAAACGGAAGAGGACGAAACUCAGAAUGAGCACUUCCAGAACUGGUCUACUCAUAGUGCAGAGAUUGCCAGGCUGAGUCAAGACCUGGCCAAAGAUCUUGCCAUUCUUGCACGUGAAAUCCAUGAUGUUGCAGGAGAUGGUGACUCCCAGACAUCGUCAGGCAUAGGAGCAACCACUUCCCCAGGCUCAAUGCCCAAUACCCCUGCAUCCACUAUCUCAACCAGAGAGGAGAGACCAUAUGCAUCAUUACAGAGGUUCCUGUUACCUCAGCUGGUACAGCAUAUACCCGAGGCAAGUCUGAACUAUCAAAAGGUUCCUCCAGGCUCAACUAGUCCAAUAGACCAGGACUCAAAUAUGAACGACCAUGACAGUUCCAGACGGCGUCCCUGGAACCGUGAAGAGGUAAUUCUGGACAAUCUAAUGUUAAACCCAGUCUCCCAGCUCUCCCAGGCUAUCAGAGAGAACACGGAGCAACUAGCAGAGAAAAUGAAAGCUCUGUUUCAUAACAAGACAGAGGUUUGGGAGGAAAUAGAGGCAAAAAUCAAUGCUGAAAAUGAAGUUCCCAUCCUUAAAACAUCUAAUAAGGAAAUCUCAUCUAUUCUCCAAGAACUGCGAAGAGUCCAGAGACAACUUGAGGUGAUCAACACUAUUGUUGAACCUGGAGGAAUCCUCAACAUUCACUCAAAGGGCACUUCUCCCGGGGGAAAGACCAAAUCUGCCUCCAAGGAGUUUACCAGCCCCACUUCUACUAAUGCCAAUGCAAGUGCAAAGCGAGGUCCCAGGGGGCCUGAGGGAGGUCGAUAUGUAGUAUAAGCUUGCCUUCAACAAUGGCAUAGUAUUAUUAGCUUGCUCUGCAAAAAGAAGAAG